AUGAAUCGUCGAAGGAUAAUAGACGGAUUAAGUGUGAAAAAUGAGGGAAAAGGUCUGCAGUCGAGGGGUGAUACUCUCACCGGUAAUGAAGGGAGAGAUGAGGGUGUUGGUCUGCGGGAGAGGGGUGAUAGUGUGUCCCACACCCUCAUCGACCUCCCUCAGUCCCACCCUCAUUCACCUCCCUCACUCCCACAUCCUCAUCCAUCUCCCUCAGUCCCAAACCCUCACCCAUCUCCCUCGCCCCACACCCUCAUCCAUCUCACUCAGUCCCACACCCUCAUACAUCUCCCUCAGUUCCACACCCUCAUCCAUCUCCCUCAGUCGCACAUCCUCAUACAUCUCCCUAAGCCCCACCCCCUCAUUCAUCCCCCUCAGUCCCACACCUCACGUACCUGCAUCAAUCCCACAUCCUCACCCACCUCCCCCACCCCGCACCCUCUGUCCCACACCCUUAUCCAUCUCCCUCAAUCCCACCCCUUCAUUCAUCUCCCUCAGUCCCACACCCUCACCCAUCUUGCUCAAUUCCACAUCCUCACCCACUUCCCUCACCCCACACCCUCAUCCAUCUCCCUCGCCCAUCUCCCUCAGUCCCACACCCUCGCCCACCUCCCUCAGUCCCACAUUCUCAUCCAUCUCCCUCAGUCCUAUACCCUCACCCAUCUCCCUCAGUCCCACACCCGCAUCCAUCUCCGUCAGUCCCACAUCGUCACUCAUUUUCCUCAGAACAUCCUCGUCUAUCUCCCUAGUUCUAACACCCUCAUUCAAAGACCCUUAUCCAUCUCUGUCAGUCUCCCACCCUCAUUCAUGUCCGUCAGUCCCACACCCUCAUCCAUCUCCCUCGGUCCAACACCUUCACCAAUCCCUUUAAGUUCUUCACACUCAUCCAUCUCAGUCAGUCUCACAUCCUCUCCCAUUUCCCUCAUCCCACACCCUCAUCCAUCUCCCUCGGUUUCACCCCCUCAUUCAUCUCCCCUCAGUCCAACACCCUCACCCACCUCCCUCAACCCACGCCCUCAUCCAUCUCCAUCAAUCCCACAUCCUCACCAACCUCCCUCACUCCACACCCUCAUCAAUCUCCCUCAGUCCUAUACCCUCACCCAUCUCCCUCAGUCCAUCACCCUCAUCCAUCUCCCUCGGUCCCACACCCUCACGAAUCCCUUUCAGUUCCUAACACACAUCCUCACUUAUCUCCCUCAGUACAUCCUCAUCUAUAUCCCUCAUUCUAAGACCCUCGUCCAUCUCCCUCAAUCCCACCCCUUCAUUCAUCUCCCUAAGUCCCACACCCUCACCCACCUUGCUCAAUUCCACAUCCUCACCCACCUCCCUCACCCCACACCAUCAUCCAUCUCCCUCGCCCAUCUCCCUGAGUCCCACACCCUCGCCCACCUCCCUCAGUCCCACAUCCUCAUCCAUUUCCCUCAGUCCUAUACCCUCACCCAUCUCCUUCAGUCCCACACUCGCAUCCAUCUCCGUCAGUCCCACAUACUCACUCAUUUUCCUCAGAACAUCCUCGUCUAUCUCCCUUGUUCUAACACCCUCAUUCCAAGACCCUUAUCCAUCUUUGUCAGUCUCCCACCCUCAUUCAUAUCCCUCAGUCCCACACCCUCAUCCAUCUCCCUCGGUCCCACACCUUCACCAAUCCCUUCAAGUUCUUCACACACAUCCAUCUCAUCCCACACCCUCAUCCAUCUCCCUCAGUUCCACAAACUCAUCCAUCUCCCUCAGUCCCAAAUCCUCACCAAUCUCUCUCAGUCCCACACCCUCAUCCAUCUCCCUCAGUCCCACAUCCUCAUUCAUCUCCCUCAGUUUCACCCCUCAUUCAUCUCCCUCAGUCCAACACCCUCACCUACCUCCAUCAAUUCCACAUCCUCACCCAUCUCCCUCACCCCACACCCUCAUCAAUCUCCCUCAGUCCUAAACCCUCACCCAUCUCCCUCAGUCCAACACCCUCAUCCAUCUCCCUCGGUCCACACCCUCACGAAUCUCUUACAGUUUCUAACACACAUCCCCACUCAUCUCCCUCAGUACAUCCUCAUCUAUAUCCCUCAUUCUAAGACCCUCAUCCAUCUCUCCCUGUCCCACAUCCUUACUUGUGAUCUCCGUCUGUUACACACCCUCAUCAGUCUCCCUCACUCCCACACCCUCAUCCAUCUCCCUCAUUCCCACACCCUUACCCACCUCCCUCAGUCCCACUCCUCAUUCAUCUCCCUCAGUCCCACACCCUCAUCCAUUUCCCUCAUUCCCACACCCUCACCCACCUCCCUAAGUUCCACUCCCUCAUCCAUCUCCCUCAGUCCCACACCCUCAUCCAUUACCCUCAUGCCCACACUCUCAUUCAUCUCCCUCACUCCCAUACCCUCAUCCAUCCCUCAGUCCCAUGCCCUCGUCCAUCUCCCUCAGUCCGACACCAUCACCCAUCUCCCACAGUCCCAAACCCUAUUCCAUCUCCCUUGGUCCCACACCCUCACCAAUCUCUUUCAGUUCCUCACACACAUCCAUCUCAGUCGGUCCUACAUCCUCACUUAUAUCCGUCAGUACGUCUUCAUCUAUCUCCCUCAUUCUAAGACCCUCAUUCAUCUCCCUCAGUCCCACAUACUCGCUUAUGCUCUACCUCCGUUACACAUCCUCAUCCAUUUCCCUCAUUCCCACACCCUAGUUCAUCUCCCUCGAUUAGUCCCACACCCUCAGUUGAAUACCCUCAUCCACCCAAUCAAUCCCACUCACUCACCCAUAUCCUUAGUUCCACCUCACACAUCUCCACAAGUCGCACGUCUCUAA